AUCGAUUGAGUGUGUAGCCAUUUAGUGCUAUCGUAUCAGCAGCUUUGCUAAUUGUUCGAAGAUUAGUGUUCAAUAAACAUAGACGUGUGUUGAUUUUCGGAAUUUAGUACACCACGAGUGUACAUAAGUACUUGCAAUCACAAGUGGAUGGUGCUGGCGAGACGACUCGAAAUUGUUUCGAGUAUCGUCGAGACCCGGAACAGAUCUACGCUGCUGUUAAGACACUCUUUGAUGUCACAUGGGAAAUAACCACUAACCCUUGACAAAGAGGGAUUGGUUUUGUGCCAAAGCCAUUUACAACCACCCAAAUUCCCUGAUGAUUGACGAGCCAGAAUGCAGACGACAAACAACACGUUGAGAUCAUGUUAACCAAAUGUGUGGUAAAAAUAGAAAUAACAAAUCACGUUUGCUAGAUAUCGUUAUUUGACCGUCGGAUAUAAAACGAGAGUCAAGCACCUUUGUCUAAUUAGUCGACCUUGGACAGUUAAAUAAUAUUAUUGCAAAAUGUGGACAACCAAAGGGUUAGUAUUUUUCGCAACAAUAGUGUUAUCGCUACUAAAUGGUUCUGAGCAAACGUCAUGGUAUUGGUCCUGCCGCGAGAACGUGGGUGUACUUUUGUUCCCAGAUCCUGAGCUCUGCCAUAUGUACAUCAUCUGCACUCAGGAACAACUGCACCAAGCGAUCUGUCCAUUGGGUCAGAUAUUCGAUGUCUAUUCACGAAAGUGUGGUGAUCCGGGAAGUUCUGUCUGCUUUUUCGAUCUGAUGAACGAAAGUACGGAAGCUCCAACUACCUCAUUAACCUCGCCACCCACCACGACAACAACAUCAUCAACGCUUCCACCAACAACAACGUCAACGUUGCCCCCAACAACUUCAACAACUUUGCCACCAACAACUACCUCAACUUUAGCUCCAACAACUCAAUCAACAUUGCCACCAACAACUUCAAACACUUUACCGCCAACAACUUCAUCAACCGUGCCACCUACGGAAUCAACCACAAUUCCACCGGUGGUGUCCAGUACGGAGACCAUCCAAGAAGAACCAACCUGUCCUGAUCGAGGCAUGCAUUUCUUCGAGCAUCCUACAAAUUGUCAGAGAUUCUUCCUAUGCUUGAUGGGGCGUCUUAGCAUGGUGGAAUGUCCCGUCAACAUGCGGUAUAAUCCAAACUCCAAACGCUGUGACUUGCCUUGGAAUAUUGGAUGUAACUGAGAUGUGAUAUUAAUAAACAUUUUGUUUCGAAUUGAGCUUUAUGUCA